UAGAAUUUUUUGGUUUUCAGGAGCUAGUGGGAAUGGGACUUGAAUUUCAGGAGUCAGGAAAUCAAGGGAGUGCAUCCAGGGACCUCAUAAAUUUGGACAAGCCUGCCUUCAGAGUAAGACCCCCAUGGGCGCAGACUGCCACUGCACCACCAGUUAGCUCAGGAAGGGUAGCCCCAUUGGCUGCUGCCAUGAGUAGUGAUAGUGGUAUGGAUUUGAGGAGUGCACGCAGUUCCCAUACAGCCUCCCACUCAACAAGUCUUCCAUCUAUGGCCCCACCCAGACAGCCAGGAACUUCAGAUCAUAUGCCACAGCCUCAAGUUCCUGGUCCCAUGUUCCCAGGCAUGAUGGGUAUGCCACCACCACCACCAGGACAUCUUGACUCUGCACCUAGUGAUCGGGGUAUGAAUUUGAGGAGUGCACGCAGUUCCAAUACAGACUCCCACUCAACAAGUCUUCCAUCUGUGGCCCCACCCGGACAGCCAGUAACUUCAGAUCAUAUGCCACAGCCCCAAGUUCCUGGUCCCAUGUUCCCAGGCAUGAUGGGUAUGCCACCACCACCACCAGGACAUCUUGACCCUGCACCUAGUGAUAGUGGUAUGGAUUUGAGGAGUGCACGCAGUUCCCAUACAGCCUCCCACUCAACAAGUCUUCCAUCUAUGGCCCCACCCAGACAGCCAGGAACUUCAGAUCAUAUGCCACAGCCCCAAGUUCCUGGUCCCAUGUUCCCAGGCAUGAUGGGUAUGCCACCACCACCACCAGGACAUCUUGACUCUGCACCUAGUGAUAGUGGUAUGGAUUUGAGGAGUGCACGCAGUUCCCAUACAGCCUCCCACUCAACAAGUCUUCCAUCUAUGGCCCCACCAAGACAGCCAGGAACUUCAGAUCAUAUGCCACAGCCCCAAGUUCCUGGUCCCAUGUUCCCAGGCAUGAUGGGUAUGCCACCACCACCACCAGGACAUCUUGACUCUGCACCUCAACAGCCCCAACUACCCCAACAGCCCUUGCCACCCCAGGGACCACCCCAGGGACCUACCCAGCCACCCCAGGGACCUACCCAGCCACCCCAGGGACCCCUCAGGCCACCACAGGGACAGCCCAUGCCACCUAGAACACAGUUGCAGCCACCCCAAGGACAGCUAGGGCUGCCCUGCGGACAGCCACAGCAACAAAAUCUUCAACAGGAAACUCCAGCUGCUAUACGUAGGCGGAAGACCCUGAGACAAGGGAACAGAGCCGGCCCAGGAUAUUUUAAAAAAUUCCUGUAAAAAGGUCUAGACAACAUCAGAGCUGGAUUUAGGCCAUAUAGUACUCAAAUCCCAACAGGUUAUCUACACUACUGAUUCUCGGAAAUGAUCAGCAAAUCCAUAUGUUAAUAUGGACUCUCCAACAAGAAAGAAGAAUAGAUUAUUAUAAACUGUCAUUGAAUCAGCUAUUCUCGGAAAUGAACAGCGACUCCAGACGUUAAUAUGGACUCUCCAACAAGAAAGAAGAAUAGAUUAUCAUAAACUGUCAUUGAAUCAGCUAUUCUCGGAAAUGAUCAGCGACUCUCCAACAAGAAAGAAGAAUAGAUUAUUAUAACUGUCAUUGAAUCAGCUGUUACAGAAUGAUAUUCUUAGUUAAUGGAACUUUAAUAACAAAUUUAACCAACUGUUUUGCUACUUCCUUGUGAUAUUUUCAAUCAUUAUAGCCUGGAAAAAAGAAAACUAAUAAACACUAGUUAGUCACACAUGUAAAGUCAUAUUUUGAUAGGCAAAUAAGAGGUUUUAAUUGUCUCUUUUGUCAUUUUAUUUGUUUGUUGGAUGUAAUACUUCAUUUAACAAGCUGUGUACAUCUAUAUGUAGAAUUUGCGCAUAUAAAGAUGUUUGGUUUUACA